AUGCGCUCUAGUGUCUUUUUUGCAUUGCUCGUGACCAUAUGGGUCGCGUCCUGUACGAGUUUUUCUAGUGCCGAGAAUGUCGCUCCCGUCCACAGCGCACAAAACGAAAAUCGUCGUCUCCGCUCGGAGGCGGCCAACACCGAGAACAUUGCGAAGAUCGCUGGCGGAUUUCUCACGAAAGUAAAGGAGAGUGCUGCACUGACAAAGGCUGUCAACGUUAUUAAGGCUUCCGACGGAGAUGAGAUUGCUGUGAGAAAAGCCAUCACCAGCUUCGCUACUGCCAAGGAUGCAGCCAAGCCGAGUGACACUGAGCUUGCCAAGCUGUCGACUAUGAUAGCUGAGUCCACAAAGAAAAACCACAAGUCAUGGCCUCGCCUACGCAAGUUCGCCAUAGUUAUGCUCGGCGUUAACGUCGGAGGAUUGGCUCUCUACGGUGCGUACAAGCUUGUGACCGAUAACAGCUAA